UAGGCUCGGACACUUCAGAGAAACUUUGGUUUCUGUGCUAUUAUGCUAAUAGCGUGGCCGGGCGGCGCUGCUCAUUGGCUGAGUCGCGGUCAAUUUCAUAUUUCAGUCGUGACGUCAGGGCGCCUAUAAAACUAAGCAAUGCUUUUUAACUCGUGGGCUGACUGAUCCCUUCGAAGAAAAAAAAAAAAACCAACCUCUAUCAAUCCAAGGGUGGAGGUCUCCCCCCUCGUUCUCCACAAGGCAACUCUUUGCCCGCGACACGAGCGUGGACGUCGUCAAAUUGGCGCACUAAUCCUAAAAGGAGGCAUGAAGUGUUAAACGGUAGAAAAAGGGAGAGCGGCGCUCAGACACCCGCACGCUGGGAGAGAGGGAGGGAACAGCGCUGCUCCGAUGCGUCUGUGCAACGCAGGCUGAAGGGGGGGAAAAAAAACAACAACAAAAAACCUCGCAAAACCAAAACCUGCGCUGCGCAAUUAGUGCGAGAAAAAUUCACUUUUCCUUCGGUUGUUGGAGAAAAUAAAUAAAGCAAUCAAGCUGGCUCAGUGCGUGUCUCAGCAGCCCACUUUGACAGGUGCUCCUCACCCCCUUUGGAGGACUGUCAGCAGCAAGAGGAUGGCAUCAGAGCUGGCAAUGAGCAACUCCGACCUGCCCACCAGUCCCCUGGCCAUGGAAUAUGUUAAUGACUUCGAUCUGAUGAAGUUUGAAGUGAAAAAGGAGCCGGUGGAGCCCGAUCGCAGCAUCAGCCAGUGCAGCCGCCUGGUCGCCGGGGGAUCCCUGUCUUCCACCCCGAUGAGCACGCCCUGCAGCUCGGUUCCCCCCUCUCCAAGCUUCUCGGCGCCCAGUCCGGGCUCAGGGAGCGAGCAGAAGGCGCACUUGGAGGAUUUCUACUGGAUGACCGGGUACCAACAGCAGUUGAACCCCGAGGCUCUGGGCUUUAGCCCGGAGGACGCCGUAGAGGCGCUGAUCAGCAGCAGUCACCAGCUCCAGACCUUCGACGGCUAUGCCAGGGGGCAGCAGUUCGGCGGCGCGGCGGGCGCGGGAGGCGCCAUGGCCGGGGAGGAGAUGGGAUCAGCGGCCGCCGUGGUGUCCGCGGUCAUCGCGGCAGCCGCAGCUCAGAACGGGAACCCCCACCACCACCACCACCACCACCACCACCACCACCCCGGGGCACACCACUCGUCCUCCGGCUCGCAGUCCAGCGGCGGCGGCGGCGCGGGCGGGACCCACCAGCACCUGCGCCUGGACGACCGCUUCUCGGACGAGCAGCUGGUGACCAUGUCCGUGCGGGAACUGAACCGGCAGCUGCGGGGGGUGAGCAAGGAAGAGGUGAUCCGCCUGAAACAGAAGAGGCGGACGCUAAAGAACCGGGGCUACGCGCAGUCGUGCCGGUACAAGCGGGUCCAGCAGCGGCACGUCCUGGAGGGGGAGAAGACGCAGCUCGUUCAGCAGGUGGACCACCUCAAGCAGGAGAUCUCCCGGCUGGCCAGGGAGAGGGACGCCUACAAGGAGAAAUACGAGAAGCUCAUCAGCACCGGCUUCCGAGAAAACGGAGGCUCCGGCAGCGACAACAACCCCUCGUCCCCGGAGUUUUUCAUGACAUCAAGAAAAUUCCUCCAUCUGUGAUCGAGAGCUGUGAUCGCUCUGUCCCACAACCGAGUCUGAGGAACAGAAGAGGAGAGACGAAAAUGGCAGAAGUGACAGGAGGUCUCUGACAGUUUGAUGAAUCAAAACAAGCAACUAUAUGGCAAAGAAACACCCUCCAUAACUCUGCAUGGGCGUGUGAGAGACUGUGUGAGUGUGGUGCAAUUUAGUACUAAAACACAGGUACAUCCUCAGUCAUUGUGGGGAAUUAAGAGUGAAGAAGACAGUGAUUCAGAGAUGUGGGGAAUGUGGGGAAAGAGAGAUACAGCAAGUGGCCUUAGGCUGACGUGUUUAACUGAGUUACAGGGAGAAAGAAGAAAAGAAAAACAGCACAGCAAAUGAUUUAAGGGAAACGGGUUCUCCUUCCUCGCCCGUCUGUUUCUCUGACUGCAAGGUCACGUAGACGCCUCCCUCUCUCUCUCCCGCUCCACCUUUGUUUGCCUGCGCUCCUCCGGACCUCAUUUCAUUCAACACUCCCGAACCUCCGACAGCUCCAUAACUAUAACUCUCUCCUCCCCAUCCUCUCCUGCUCUCUUCUCUUCAUCCACAGCUAAAUGACUCUGUCAGAAAUAAA